CUAGGCUACUUUGGAAAAACCCGUACUGCGUUAUUUCAUGUCAGGAAAAUCCAGUUUCAGGUAUUAAAUAUCACGAAGCUCAGCGGAUUUUUUGUUCAAGUAGCUAAUGACUGCACAUCAGAAAUGUUUCCAGUAUACCUAAUCGCAGUAAAAUUUGCCUCUUGAACUUGAAACCAGGGGAAAACCCAACUCUAUAGAGUAGAGGAAACGCGUACAGUGCGGAGCAAUGCUGCUUUGCAUACAGUAACCUAUUGCGCCUGUAUUGCACCUGCUCGCACGUGCCUCGUAUGUCACGUUGCUCUCCAACUUUCGAUUUGCACGCUUCUGUUGAGCUGAAGGAGCCUUCGAAUUAUAAUUCAUCUGGGAUUUAAAAUAAAUAAACAAAGCAGCAAAACAAAGCGUUCAUUGCGUCGUUUUUAACUGGCUAAGGGAAUGUGAGGCUUCUGGGGCUAACGCCUACUGGACAAGAGAGACAGCAAGUAAUCAAUACCAAACGGUGGAAAUUGGGAAGAGUUGUAUGGCUACACCAGGAAAAUUCAGGCUCGGUGACGUGUUUUCUCUGCCAAGUCUCCCAGGGAUCCGUGCUUUGCAUCGCUCCCCAAUUUGCAUCUCUCCCCACAUCAGCUUUUCCGUGCGGCUUUCCAAACGUCCGAACCAGCGCAUACCUACGCAACUGUAUGCCUCCAGAUCAUAAACGUUGUUCUCAUUGAAACAAUAGGAAACUUUGAAUAAUGUGACUUUGGCCAGCGCAGACACAGUGUGUUUCACUUUUCAGACGUCCACUACGAUACGUGCGAGUGGGAAAAGGUAACCAGAAACGGCAUCGUAUUGGCAUCGCAGUUUGCAGUUUCCACAUUCUUCAUUGCGGGUUUUGUCUUGCUUUUGUAUCGAUCGCUCGAUUGUUGUCUGGUGGGGGAGACAUCAUGUCGGAAGUGUUACCUUACAAUGAGGAGAAAAUUACUCACUAUGGUGAUGAUGGAGACGUGGGGCAAAUUUCCUUCACCUGUCGCCUACAGGAUACGAAUAACUUCUUCGGUGGUACUCAAAACAAAAGACCCCCAAAACUUGGACAGAUUGGGAGAAGCAAACGAGUUGUCAUUGAAGACGACAGAAUCGACGAUGUGUUGCAAAACGGGACAGAAAAAACAACCACAGGUGUUUAAACCACCGACGGACAUUGAAAGAAGUAGGCUGUCCCCUCGUUAACCAGAAAGCACUUUGAAACUCCCCAGUGCACGGUCCACGGUGCAGACGGCGACGGGCAUCCCAUUGCAGACGUGCUAACGGAAAAAGCCGAGUGAACAGUGGCAAGCGCUGUGCAUUUUCUCUUUCGUGGCUUGUAAUGAAAAGCUGCUGGUGAUGUAAAGUCGUAUAAUAUGUAUAAUGUAUUAUAUGACAUUACGUCACCGUUUUGAAGCCUGAAACGGAGUUGUUCCCCGGUGUUAGUGAACCCACAUUGACCAGGUUGGUGAGGGCGGGGCAGAAAAGAUGGUACGACAAAGCACACUAUAUUAUCUUCAACCCUUUGUAUUUUUACAUUAAUAUCUUGUUUUUAUUUUUGCUGUACCUGGCCUGAGCCUUUGUUUACUAUUCCCGUUCUGCAAAGUAAUUAUUAUUUUUGUGCACAAUGGCGGCAAAAUGCUGUUUUGAUGUUGUUCAUCUGUACAAAUACAUAAUUUAUCAACUAUUUCGGUAGAUUUUUGCAGUGUUGAAAGCCUGAACAACAUGUUUUAUACGGAUUGACAAAACGAAGGUGAUAUUUUUUAAUUCUGAAUUUUUGAUGUUGCUCAACUGAUCUUUUGUCAUUUCUGAAAUGGCCUGCUUAUUUUCCACCAAGAUACUCAUUUUUAUAAAUACUACAUAGCCAUUUCUAAAAUAAAUGUCUCAUAUUGUGUGUUUUUGUUAAGGGUGAUGGUCAUUACACUUUAUAAAUUAAUUCUAAGUAUAUUGUAUUGUACAUAAUCACAACUGUGCCAAAUAUAUCUCGAAAAGAUGCCAGCCAAGUUAUUUUGUGCUCUAAAUGUAACGUUUUGCUAUUUUGGCUGCCAUGUUUAUGUUGCAGGGCUCUAAAUGGUGAAAUGCUCUUGCAUGAAAUGGGGUAAUGCCUUUGUGGCAAAAAAAACAAAAAAACUUGUGUACUAUCAAACAUCUUGUUUGCAACUUUGAAUGACAGACCUCACAGACUUUCUUAAUUAAAUAUUGUAAAUGUUGCACCUCUUUAUCCACUGAACAGGGCUAUUUCUGCAAUCUAUAAUAAAUGAAAAAGUUAAAUGAAACUAAA